CUGCUGCCCAAUAGGAGCCGUCCGAUCCCGCGCCUCAGGCGGGCAGCUCGAGCUCCUCGGGUAGUUACUGUUGGCCUCUGCCUCGGGCUGGUGUUUCUGAGGAAACGGCCGCUGCUGUGGCGUCUUUGCGAGUUCUUCCGCGUCCUUUCGGCCUCAGUAAUGGCUCAUGAAGCAAUGGAAUGUGAUCUUCAGGUGCAGUCAGAUCAUGCUGCAGAGCAGCCUGCUCCUGCUGAAGUGGUCAGCGGCCAAGGGGGACCACCCCUGCUCCAGCCCCCUCCUGAUGAAGUAGUCGGCAGCCAAGAGGGACCACCCCUGCUCCAGCCCCCUCCUGAUGAAGUAGUCAGCAGCCAAGGGGGACCGCCCCUGCCCCAGCCCCCUCCUGAUGAGGUAGUCAGCAGCCAAGGGGGACCACCCCUGCUCCAGCCUGCUCCACAGGUGUCCAUUGACCUGACAGGAGAAGUGGAACUCUCAGGAGAAGAGAAUGUGCAGAAUAUCAGUCCAGGAGCUUCAGAGGAGCAGAGGCAGGGAUCUGAUGCUAACCACACCGUGCGAGUAUCUUCGUUGGAUUCAAUGAACAGCUUUAUCAGUGGGCUGCAGAGACUUCAUGGCAUGCUAGAAUUCCUGAGACCACCUUCAGACCGCAAUGUGGGGCCAGUGAGAGUGAGGAGGAGGAGGAAUUCAGCUUCACGCAGGGCAAGAGCUGGAGGGUCUCAGAGGACAAACAGUGCCAGGUUGAGGGCACCGUUGGAUGCAUACUUUCAAGUGAGCAGGACGCAGCCUCAUUCUCCAACCACUUCUUAUGAUUCGGAGACUAGGAAUCCAGUCUCUGUAGACUUGCAGGGAUCAGGGAGUUCUGAUUCUGACAGUGACAGCUCCACAGAGUAUGAAGAGGGGGUUGUCCAGGCAGAGGAACCUAGAGCUGUUGUUUUAGAAGAGCAAUUAGGAGAUACCUCAGCAGAGCAAGAAGUUACAUGUAACAAUGGAGGAGAGACUCUCCCCAAACAGCAGUCUCCCAAGAAGUUUAACUCUCUUCUACCUUCUUCUACGGAGGAGGAAGAAGGGGACACUUGCACAAUAUGUUUGGAACAGUGGACCAAUGCUGGAGAUCACCGGCUCUCAGCAUUGCGCUGUGGGCACCUCUUUGGGUAUAAGUGCAUUUCUAAAUGGCUCAAAGGACAGACACGAAAAUGUCCCCAGUGCAACAAGAAAGCCAAGCACAGUGACAUCGUUGUCCUUUAUGCCCGAACCCUGAGAGCUUUGGAUACUAGUGAACAGGAGCUCAUGAAAAGUUCCUUACAGAAGGAGCAGAUGCUAAGGAAGCAAGCUGAGUUAGAAUCAGCACAGUGUCGGCUCCGACUUCAAGUACUCACUGAUGAAUGCACUAAGCUUCAUAGUCGUGUCCAGGACUUGCAAAAACUUGUUGUGCAGCAUCGGGAUCAGAUUUCACAGCAACCCAGGGGUUCCCAAGCACGUUUUCUAAGCUGCCUGCCCUCCAGCCAGAGCCAGCACAAGUACCAUUUCCAGAAGACCUUCACAGUGUCUCAAACAGGAAACUGCCGAAUCAUGACAUUCUGUGAUGCCCUGAGCAGCCUGGUGGUAUCACAGCCUUCUCCUCAGGCCUCCUUCCUUCCAGGCUUUGGUGUUAAGAUGUUGAGUACCGCCAACAUGAAAAGCAGUCAGUACAUUCCCAUGCAUGGCAAACAGAUACGUGGACUGGCUUUCAGCCGUCGAUCCAAAGGCUUACUUCUCUCUGCUUCCCUAGAUAACACUGUUAAAUUGACCAGCCUGGAGACAAAUACUGUGGUCCAGACUUACAAUGCUGGGCGUCCUGUCUGGAGCUGCUGCUGGUGUCUUGACGAAAACAAUUACAUCUAUGCUGGACUGGUCAACGGUUCAAUAAUGGUGUACGACCUUCGAAACACUAGCUGUCAUAUCCAGGAGUUAGUACCUCAGAAAGCUAGAUGCCCACUGGUGUCCCUGUCGUACAUACCCAGAGCUGCCUCAGCAACGUUUCCAUAUGGUGGAGUGUUGGCUGGAACCUUGGAGAACGCUUCUUUCUGGGAGCUGAAAAUGGGCUUUACUCAUUGGCCUCAUGUGCUGCCCAUGGAGCCUGGAGGCUGCAUAGACUUUCAGACAGAGAGCAGCACCCGGCACUGUCUUGUGACCUACAGGCCUGAUAAAAAUCACACCACCUUACGAAGUGUGCUGAUGGAAAUGUCCUAUAAGCUGGAUGACGCUGGAGAGCCAGUCUGCUCCUGCCAUCCUGUACAAACAUUUCUUGGGGGACCUACUUGCAAACUACUGACUAAAAGUGCCAUUUUCCAGAACCCAGAGAAUGAUGGCAGCAUCUUGGUGUGUACUGGGGAUGAAGCAUCAAAUUCUGCCCUGCUGUGGGAUGCUGGCAGUGGCUCAUUGCUGCAGGAUCUGCAGGCAGAUCAGCCUGUCUUGGACAUCUGCUCAUUUGGGGUGAACCAUAACAGCUACCUGGCUACUUUAACAGAGAAGAUGGUCCACAUCUAUAGGUGGGAGUGACCAUGGUCAUGAAACUUGCCAGGCAUGCUGCUGGCUAAUGUUAAAUGUUGUUUGCUAGCACCUAGCAGCCCUGAGCAAGAUCUGUGCUUAUUGUCUGUGGCCUAGAAUUUUUGGGAUCAUGAUUCCUUUGGGUUAGUAUGAUUCUAGGACUUCAGGUCACCAAAACACUACAGAUUGUGUAUUUACAGUGUCCAUCAAAAGAGUAAGUGACUAGUACUCCAUCAAAACUAUCCAUUUCUUGAGUUUAAAAGCCUUUAUGAAUCUUUGUUGAGUCUGUAUUUUUGAUCAGACUUUCUCCUGGACCUCGGAGAGGAUCCUCCCAGCGGUCAUUUAGGAUAUGACCGUGCACCAAGCAUUUCCAGAGGAGGUGACACCCCACCAGAGUGCUCUUGUCACUUGAGCUGUAUGACUUGGGAAUGUUUAUGACCCUGAGGGGACUAACCAUCUUUUUGCUGCUUAGAUGCAGCUUGGAUGCAGAAGUCUUCAACUGAACACAAGAGGGUACUGUAAAACCUUGCAAAGGAUUUGAUCUAUUUCUGACCUUGUGGGCUGAUAACCUUCUAGUAACUUGGUCUCAUCCCCACAGAAUUGUGUGGUAGAACACAUGUGGUCUCCUUUAUGGUAGGAACAGUUGUGUUCCAGGUGUGCAGUGCUGGGAUAUUGGCAAACCCAAUAAUGGAAGCAGGUGAUCAGCUAUAGACCCUUUCCUGAUGCCAAGUGCUUUGAGUUUAUCACAUUGUGAGUCAAGAAAAGAGACCAAUUGUUCGAGCAGUGGGGAAGACUCAUUUUUUUCUCUAGGCAGCUUAGGAUCUCAGGAUUGGUUUUAUGUAAGCCAGUGCUUUGAAGACCACUCUUUCCCUCUCACUAGGAAAAGAUGAGCUAUAUGUCAAGCUCUUACUCAAGUCUAUCCUAGCAUCAAGAAAUCAGGAGCAAGGGCUAACCAAGAGAGGCUUACAAAACUGCUUAGACUGCUGCUGAAAGCAAAAGGGCUUAUCUCUUCCAUUUUGAAAGAGUUUCUCUGAAUAAAGCCUACCCCUUGGAGGGAGGGGCCAUUCUUGAGCAUGUUUAGAAUUCCUGCAUUAAAGCUUCCCCUAUGUGAAACUGAUGUUUGAUUCCAAGGUCCUCUGAUUUGCCUCCCUACCUAACUUUUUCUUAAAGUAUUGUUAGUAAAAUAGUUAUUCUCAGGAAGACAGUGAUGGUUGGAAACCUGUGUGGAUUGUAGGGAGACAACCACCAGCUUUCGUUCCAGCCCUGGGUUGUCUAACACUGGGAGCUGUACUUUGCUCCAGUAUAGGGUUCAGUUUAUAUCUGUUUACUUUGCCAAAGGCUGCUCUGCUAUACUACUGUUCACAACAGUGUAUGCCUCAAGAUGUGCUCCCUGUUCUUGGAAGCAGGAUGGCUAACAGUGUGAUUUUCUUAAAUAAUCAUUGUAGAAACGUUAUUUUUUUUUAAACAGUUCUGACCUGUCAACUCCUGAGCUCUUUCCAGCAAUUCUCAUCGGCAAGGGCUUAUUGCAGUAGAUUUCUCAGAGUUUCAUGUUCUAGUUGUGCUUUUUAAAGAAUGGCCUCCUUCUAUUUAAGGACAUCUUUUAAAAAGCCAUUUUCCAGGGCCUGGGAAAGAGCCUUCUUUUCUUAGAAGAGGUAUUCCUUUUGAUACAUUGAUGAUUAAGAAUGACUGCCCAGACCUAGAGCUUCAGUGGCAGAAUGGGAUUUGUAUUAAAAAGCAGAACUUUCCUGGUUUUAGCUGAUGAUUACAGAGAGGAUGCAGUGGUCAGGUCCUGGUUGCCUUUGUCUUUUGCAGAGGCAGAACCCAGGGUAGGGCUAGGAUUUGACACUCAGCUGAUACUGAUUAAUUCCCCCAAACAUAGGAACCAAGGGACUAGUAGUACUACUAGGGAAGUUGGGUGAAUCUCAUGUCUUACCAAUCCUUUCAUUCCUCUAGUAAAUUUAGAUGUUUUAGAAACAAAUUAUUGUGACUGAUUUCUCCAAAGGAAAAAAAGCUUCACCCAUGCUCCACCUCCCCUCCACCUGGCAGGAGAUUGUAUCCGUAGACCCAUGUUCCCUCACCCCUGUCUCUGAGGUUGUUUUCCCAUUUGAAGAUUUGGAAUUAAGCAGACUCAAAAUACUUUCUUAUUGUAUGUAUCCUGGAACCAGCUUUGAAAACCAGACAAUGGGGUCUCUGUUAGUGCUGUUUGUUUUAAUGUUUGUGUUUUACAUUUUAAUGUUAAUAUGAAAAUAAAGAAUUUACCAUGUAUA